UCACUUGUCAAGCUUCGUCAACAUAGCGUAGCUGCGUGCCCAUCCACGCUCUUCACUCUUUGACGCAAAAGCUUUCGAAAAACCAUCACUGAAAUAUUACUUAUGAAGCCAUUUUGUUCCACGAUAAUAAAUUUGAAUGUCGAACUCGAUAUUUAUUGCGGUUUUUAUAGUUUGCACGGUAACUAAAGAUGUUAUUUUAGUAAAUAAAAUAAAAUUGAAAACGGAGCGCGUCGGGUGUGCGGCGGCAGCGCGUCAAAACGGUUCUCACGAUCAUCAUAAAACGUAACAUAUCUGUAUUAUUGUUGGAGCCCUUCCAAUGUGUAACUAUUAUACCUACUUAGUGGUGGAUGAGCGAGUGAUGCAGGGCGGACGGCGCCGGCAGCGACGCGGGUGCUGCUAAUUACCGCGGCAGCAGCGGCCGAGCGCGCCCGCCUGCCGCAGCACGUUUCAUCAGCUGACCUAAUAACUUCAAAUAUUAUGAUGUUAAUGUAGGCAGUGGCGGGCGCUGCACGCGCGUGCCGCACGCCCAACUUAAGUUUAUAAAUAGAAUGCACAUCGCCCUGUAUGUAUUUAACGUAAGGAGCUUUUUGAGCGCGAGGCGGGCCAGUCGCCGCGAUCGUCUGUGCGCGCCGCUCGCGCCUGCCCGCGCCGCCGACACCGGCCAAACGCAACUUUUGGAAACGGCUCGCGAACUUUUUUUCUAUCGAAUUUUGGAAGUUUUUCGAUGAGAGUGGGUGCGGCGGUGCAGUGCGGGCCCCCGGGCUGCCAGUGAGUGCGACACCGGUGCACGCGUCGACUCGCCGCUAAUCACCGCGGCGCGUAACCGUGUUUCAAAAAUAAAACGUUGCCGAUUCGAAACCGGAGCACCCCGAAGGUUAAUGACAAAAUAAAAAGCAUGCAUUAAAAUUGUGUCUGAAAACUGUGGCGAUCGCGAACUGCUCGGCGGCAUGUUCUCUAUCGACACGUGAGCCGCGGGACAGUGUGACACGCGUUACUCGCGAAUUAGUUGAGUUCCCGUCAGUGUGCAGUUCCCGUGAGGCGGGUACGGGGCGGGUGCUCCGGCGGAUCGACGACGUGUGAACUCAUAAAUUUGUACUAGAACAUCUGACCUGAUAAUCUAGUUUACGUUAAUUCCCCGAAGAUUAAUUUCCCAAGAGUUACGCAGCGGCGGCGUCAUCGCUAACUAGACUGGAUGACUACAGCGAGGGCCGGCAUGGCGGCGCGCGCGCACUGACCGCCGCUGCCAUGAGACGCAGACAACAUGAGCCAAGCGCUGUCACUGCUCAAGUUCAUCAAAAUACCCAAAAAGUACCAACGUGAGGGGACGUGCCCCGCGCGCCCGCCGAACAUUCACUGCCAAGCUACCUAGUGCCUUACGUUAUAAUAGUGUAAUCUUGGUGCUUCGAAACAAUAAAUAAUGUUAGUGAACACAGACACACGGACGACAAGCUCAAACGUUUAAGAUGUUAGACGUUUUUCGUGGAUUGAAGAAUCUCAUUAAAGUGAACUAUGUCCACAUCGACUCGCCGGUAUUCCGCCUGCACUACUCGAUCACCGUCAUCCUGCUGAUCUCGUUCAGCCUGAUCGUGACGACGCGCCAGUACGUGGGCAACCCCAUCGACUGCAUCCACACCAAGGACAUCCCCGAGGAUGUGCUGAACACCUACUGCUGGAUCCACUCCACCUACACGCUGAAGAGCUUCUUCAACAAGACGGUGGGCGUGGAGGUGCCGUACCCCGGCAUCGGCAACAGUCGCGCCAAAGGCAAGGAAGACAUGAGCGACAGGAAGAUAUACAAGUACUACCAAUGGGUGUGUUUUUGCCUAUUUUUUCAGGCAAUGCUAUUCUACGCGCCCCGUUGGCUGUGGAAGUCCUGGGAGGGGGGCAAGAUCCGGGCCCUGAUGAUGGACCUGGACGUGGGGGUGUGCACCGAGAUCGAGAAGAAGACGAAGAAGAAGCUGAUCCUCGACUACCUGUGGGAGAACUUGAGGUACCACAACUGGUGGGCCUACCGGUAUUACCUGUGCGAGGGACUUGCUCUUGUCAAUGUUAUAGGGCAAAUGUUCCUGAUGAACCGGUUCUUCGACGGGGAGUUCCUCACCUUCGGGCUGGACGUGAUCGCCUACAUGGAGUCCGACCAGGAGGAUCGCAUCGACCCCAUGAUUUAUAUAUUUCCAAGGAUGGUGAAGUGCACACUGUUCAACAAGUUCGGGUCGUCGGGCGAGGUGGAGCGGCACGACGCGCUCUGCAUCCUGCCGCUCAACGUGGUCAACGAGAAGAUCUACGUGUUCCUGUGGUUCUGGUUCGUCAUCCUCGGCAUCCUCACGUUCGUCACGCUCGUGUACCGACUGGUGAUCAUCUUCUCGCCGCGCAUGCGCGUGUACAUGAUGCGGAUGCGGUUCCGGCUGGUGCGGCGCGACAACGUCGACACGAUCGUGCGCCGCAGCAAGAUGGGCGACUGGUACCUCCUGUACAUCCUGGGCGAGAACCUGGACUCGGUGAUCUUCCGGGACAUCAUGCACGAGUUCGCGAACAAGCUGAACCACAACUACCAGCACCACAUCCACGGCGUGCCGGACGCGUGACCUCCGGUGCCGGGGUGGGUGUUCCCCACGUGACUGACGCCGCCGCCGCGCCUGCCGCCGGCCUGACCGCUCCGCCCCACGGUGCUUCUCCACAGGACAAUACUAACCAGUGUAAAGACUACUUUUAUCGAUACUUUUUGAUCGAAAUCGUAACAGUGCAAUUCUAAACAUGCAAUAAUAGUUUGUACUUAAUCUUUAAGAACGUGAUCUCAGGACGAAUCCUAUCGAAGGCCUUUUAAUAGUUAACAUCGACGGCUACCCCGUUAGUACUAGUAUACUUUUUAGAACUAUUUUUACUCAUAGUUUCGCUGCUGUAGUAAUCAGUUAAUCGACGCUUCGUUUGUUUUCUACUUUAGCUGUUGUAAUGUACUGAAAGUAAGCACACAGUGAGCACACAUACACGAUAUACAAUUUUACACGAUUCACUCGCCAAGGAUUUGACAGACCAAAAAUAUAAAGCAAUAAUUAAUAAAGCAAUUAAGUAUUAUAGUGUAGUUGUAAUUGAGGAUAUUACUAGUUGAACGAACAGUUCCUUAAGGGAUCGAGUGUACCCGAGUAGUCACAUCGCCGCGACAUCACACUGACAUAGCUUUUGAUUGUCAAAAGACAUUUUACGUUAAUUGCAGAUUUGACGAACGACAUACUGAGCAAUAAGUAACAGAACUGCUAUUUCUAUUGGGCACACUUAAUAGAAAUCCGACAGCCUCAAACUUCUGAAGAAAAUCUUGAAAUCUCAAUUUUCAUUAAGUUCAGAGAGAACCGCCACAUGUACCUAGCGCUCAAAUGAUAAAACUUUGUUACGACGAAAACCACACUGCCAUCAAUACAGCGAGAACACAAAUGUUCACUUAUAUAAAACGUGUUUAAAACAAUUGUUGUUUUUAUAAUGGAGCGACUGAAUUCUUAUAAUUUCUUCGGUUUAUUAGAAAAUGUAAUUGGUAUCUUGUCUCAAGAAAUCUGAACGGAAUUUUGACGUGUAAUUGAAAGACUUUUUGACACAUCAUUCAAAAUGGCGGUUAGAUAUCUUGAUUCGAAAAUUUUAGACGUUAACUUACAGAUUCGAAAUUUUAAGAACCUAUUGGAAAGAACUUAUAAAUAAGUAGACUAUUUCUGUAGGUGUAAAAUUGACAAUAAUAUUGUCGUACAAUGCUUAGAAUCUGUAAGCUAACGAAAAUGUUUAGAGAAAUUUAUUUUGCCUAGAAGUAGGCUGAAAAUUAUUAUUGUUACAAACAAUAAAUUGUUGUGUUCGUGAGGAUAUUAGAAAGUUGUGUCGUUUUCGCCAUGUUGGAGUGUUAGGUCUCCAAAAACGAGUCUUUGGGGAGACUAUGUUUUUAUACUAUGGACAUAAAUCUUUUAACUGACAAAAUCUGUACGUUGCCUAUUAAUGUAUUAAAUAAAUUAAAUGAGUAAAAUUAAUAACUGUUUUAAAUCCAUAGAGUAAACAUGGUGUUGUGUUUGUAGUUUUUACUCUUACUUGUCUAUGUCAAUCUCAGGAAUCAGUUUUUGGAGCCCUCCUCGAAUGGCUAACGACACGUAAAUAUUGUAAAUGUAAAAAGGUUGUCUGAUUGUAAAGUGUAACAAUUUAUGUUUUGCUGGUGCGUUUGGACACAGUCUAGAACGAUUAAUGUAGGUACAAGUGAGUUUAUAGCGCCCGUAUUAUGUUAAAAAAAAACUAAACAAUUUAUCUUUAUUUGCUACUACUUACGAUUCGUUCUGUUUACGAACGGUAAGUUUUGACGUUUGUUCUAGGAGGCUAAUGUCAAGAAUCUGCCAUUGGUAAGCAAAACGAAUGGUUUCUUUUUAUAGGAACUGGGCAAGUCAAUAAAAUGUACAGAAAUCUGAUUUGCAAGUUACGUGUUUCCGAAUUCUGACGUGACGGCAUCAAUUUCUGUAACUCUUGGUGAACCAAGCCAAAUAUUGUGCCAAAAGAUUAAUUAUUUAUAACAAAAUGUUACGACAGACGAGUUACCAGGGGAGAGAUCGAAUAAAUCAUAUUGAAAAUG